AUGAGUGAGCAAUGUUUAUCAAGCCCGCCUAAUGUGGGACCAUCUCAAAUUCUACCAUUUUUAUUUCUUGGGUCACAAGAGGAUGCAAUGUCGACAAAAAUGAUGCAGGAUUAUCACAUAACUCAUAUAAUCAACGUAUCGACAACCGGUCCAAAAGCCCCGUCGAUAGUCGAUGAGAGUGAUGAACAUUUUUUACGAAUACCAAUUAAUGAUAGUCUCAAUGCACAAUUGACACCAUAUUUUGAUCAAGCAUACAAUUUUAUUGAAAAAGCUCGAUUAAGUAAUGGCCGUGUUUUCAUUCAUUCUGGCAUCAGUAGAUCACCUGCAUUAGCUGUUGCUUAUAUCAUGAAACAUAUGGGUUUAACUGCGGAUGAUGCAUACAAAUUUAUAAAAGCGAAACGUCAUCAUAUAUCUCCUAAUUUCAAUUUUCUCGGACAAUUAUCUGAAUAUGAACAUCAAUGUCGAAAACAACAAUUCUCCUCUACUUCAACGGUUGAAUUUCCACAACUUAUGAAAUGUGUUUCAUCGAAUAUUAUCGAUCGUCGCCGAUUUGUUCAACUCGAAGGCCAUUCUUCUUCAUCAACUGAUCACCCUUCACUAAAACGAGAGCGAGAUCUUGACGAUGAUGAUAAUAUUCUUAUUAAUAGUGCAAUAGUUACAACAACUACUGGUAAUGAAGAUGUCAUCUGUCGUCCAAAACAUGUUGUACGCCCAAAAGGAUUCAAUUUUGAUCUAACAAAACAACAUUCAUCUACGGUCUCCUUAAUAUCACCAUCAACAGCCAUUGCAAACCUGUCUGUUGAUUCACCCGCUUCACGUACAUUAACGAACACUUCUGUUGAUUCACCCUCAUCAUUACCGUUACCAUUAAUGUUCAAUCGGCCGACAUUAUUACGACCAAACAGUAUCACGUUGAAACGAUUAUCGCCAACAACAGAUACGACAUUGGUUAAUUCUGAUUUAGAUCGUUCUCCAAUAAUAAAACGUGUUAAAACCAAUGAUUUAUCGCAUAGUUGCGAUAAUCUCACUUCACAACUACCGAUAGCAACACUUCAGUCACCAUUAACAGAAAAAAAUUCAAAUGAUUUGAUAAAUACGUUUAGUCAAGCACAAACAGAAUCGAAUUUAAGACGAAGUGGUUCUCUACAAUCACUAGAUUCAUUUGAAAAAGGCAAUGAAAGUGGGCCAUGUUCUUGUAAACUAGAUCAUGAAAUAUCAAAAUCAGAUUCAGGAACAUUAUUAACGUCAAAUAAUAGCAAGAAUAGUUCAGUAAGAACUAGUAGAGAAUUAUUAGUCUCAUAA